AUGGGUGGUGGCGGAGAAAAGAAGCCUGGCCAGUACAUGGGAUGGUGGGGUAGCCUCGGCUCCCCGCCGCAGCGUGGUAUCAUUACCUACGCCAUGGCCCAGAACCGUCAGCGUGCUCUUGCUGGUACCGCACACGCCGCUGUCUUCAACACCUACCGCAGAACCAAGGGUCAAAUCCUCUACUGGGCCGUCCCUAUGCUCAUCGGAUACGAGCUCAUGAACUGGGCCACCGAGAACAACGAGUACCUCAACUCCAAGCAGGGUCGCCUGGAGCACGCCGACGACGACGCCGAGUAA